GGCGGGGGCACUCGGCGGAGGGAAGUGGCGCAGCAUGAUGCGGCUGUGGCGCUCGGCGCUGCUGCGGGAGCUGCUGCGGCUCAGCCAGCCCGGCGGCCCCGCCGCCGGCCCCGGCCGCCUCCCGCCGCCGCUGGCCGCCCUCGGCGCCAGCCCGCCCGCGGCCCGCCGCGGCCCGCCGCCGGCCGCGCGGGGCUGGUGCACCCGCUCCGAGGGCGCCCUGGAGGAGCCGGGCAAGGCGGCGCAGCAGCCGCCGGCGGCCCCCGGCGAGCCCCCCGCCGGCGGCGGCGGCGGCGCCAACAACAACCACGGCGGCGGCAAGGAGCUGGCCGGAGGCGGCGGGGGGGAGAACAAGGUGAAGCAAGGUCUCCUGCCUAGCUUGGAAGAUCUUCUCUUCUAUACUAUUGCGGAAGGGCAAGAAAAAAUACCAGUUCAUAAAUUCAUUACUGCACUCAAAUCUACAGGAUUACGUACAUCUGAUCCCAGGUUGAAAGAGUGCAUGGAUAUGUUAAGACUGGCCCUUCAAACAACUUCAGAUGGUGUUAUGCUGGACAAAGACCUUUUUAAAAAGUGUGUACAAAGUAAUAUUGUAUUGCUCACUCAAGCUUUCAGGCGGAAGUUUGUCAUUCCAGAUUUUAUGUCGUUUACCUCACAUAUUGAUGAGCUGUAUGAAAGUGCUAAAAAACAAUCAGGAGGAAAGGUUGCUGACUAUAUUCCACAACUGGCCAAGUUCAGCCCUGAUUUGUGGGGUGUGUCACUUUGCACGGUGGAUGGGCAGAGGCAUUCUGUUGGAGAUACCAAAGUUCCGUUUUGUCUUCAGUCCUGUGUAAAGCCUUUGAAGUAUGCUAUUGCUGUUAAUGAUCUUGGCACAGAAUAUGUGCACAGAUAUGUUGGUAAAGAGCCUAGUGGAUUAAGAUUCAACAAAUUGUUCCUGAAUGAAGAUGAUAGGCCUCAUAAUCCUAUGGUGAAUGCUGGAGCAAUUGUGAUCACAUCCUUAAUCAAGCAAGGAGCAAAUAAUGCAGAAAAAUUUGACUAUGUGAUGCAAUUCAUGAAUAAAAUGGCGGGUAAUGAAUAUGUUGGAUUCAGUAAUGCUACGUUCCAGUCUGAAAGAGAGAGCGGAGAUAGAAACUUUGCAAUAGGCUACUACUUGAAAGAAAAAAAGUGCUUUCCAGAAGGCACAGAUAUGGUUGCAAUACUAGACUUCUAUUUCCAGCUUUGUUCAAUAGAAGUAACAUGUGAAUCGGCAAGUGUGAUGGCAGCAACUCUGGCUAACGGUGGCUUUUGCCCAAUCACUGGUGAAAGAGUUCUGAGUCCUGAAGCAGUCCGCAAUACCCUGAGUUUAAUGCAUUCCUGUGGCAUGUAUGACUUUUCAGGGCAGUUUGCCUUCCAUGUUGGUCUUCCUGCAAAAUCUGGAGUUGCUGGUGGGAUUCUUCUGGUUGUUCCUAAUGUUAUGGGCUUGAUGUGCUGGUCACCUCCUCUGGACAAGAUGGGCAAUAGUGUUAAAGGGAUACAUUUUUGUCAUGAUCUGGUUUCUCUGUGCAAUUUCCAUAACUAUGAUAAUUUGAGACACUUUGCAAAGAAGCUUGAUCCUCGCAGAGAAGGUGGUGAUCAACGGGUGAAGUCUGUGAUAAACCUGCUGUUUGCUGCCUACACGGGGGACGUGUCUGCGCUGCGGAGAUUUGCUCUCUCAGGAAUGGAUAUGGAACAACGAGAUUAUGAUUCACGAACAGCAUUGCAUGUAGCGGCUGCAGAAGGACAUGUGGAUGUUGUUAAAUUUUUACUGGAAGCAUGCAAAGUGAAUCCUUUUCCCAAAGACAGGUGGAAUAACACUCCUAUGGAUGAAGCUUUACAUUUCGGACACCAUGACGUAUUCAAAAUUCUUCAAGAGUAUCAGGUCCAAUACACGCCGUCGGAAGACUCCAACAAUGGGAAGGAGAACCGAACGGUUCAUAAAAAUCUAGAUGGCUUACUAUAAUCAUGCUCAGCUAGAUCCUAAGAAUCAAAUCACUUACUAUUUAAUUGUGGUAUACAUAAGUAAUGAAGAGCGUGUGUGUUUCUAUCUGAUAGUGGUAUAUAUUUUACAGAAGUCUGUUACUUCAGUGUUAUGUUACAGGAGUUUCUAUACGCACAGGACAAAUCCAAUCUCAAAAAAACAAAACCAAGUAAGAAUCUCCCUCCAUAAUGUGAGCAAUAUUACCUCAUGCUGCAUAUAAUUGAUGUAUAAAAACAUUUAGCUGUUGUUGGCUUUACUGUGCACUACUUAAUUUAUUUUUGUGUUCUGUGUGAACUCUAGUCUGUGGUCACAAAUUUUCUGCUGAAUUUUUGUUUCUAGAGCCCUAUGUUUCCUGUAUGGCCAAGAUGAGCCGGAGUACUGUCAGGUCUAAGUGUUGGUGAGGUUUUUUGAGAGCUGAGGAUGCUGAGGUAGAUGUAGGCUGGGUGUGUUAAGCAAGGAUCUGCACUUAGCUUUAUAUAUAUAUAAAUAUUCCACACAACCUUGUUUACAUAAUAUAAAUAUUAAAAGAAUAUAUUGGUGACGGCUUGUCCUUAGAGAGUCCUGUCAGGGAAUCCGUUUUCAGGUUUGCUCGACCAAAUGACAGAGAGGAGCGUUGACUUGUAACAUCUAACGGUGUCUGGUGUCCUUUUUGAGAUGGUUUUUCAGAUCCGUUUGCCUAGUUCCCCCCGCCCCCACGUCGGCUGCUAGCGUGCGCCCACCUCCACGGGGAAGGCGGGCGCCUCUGCUCCGCACUGCUGGGCUCCCUGCAGGCACCUUCGCGCUGCAGCGGGCCUUGGCGAGCUUUGUUCUCGGCAGUUACACCAGGAGUCAGGGAGGGGAAUGCAAGUAUGUGAAAGGUAAAGUACUAAACCAAAUACUGUAUGUAGAUCUGAUUUAAUUUAGGCUGGUAAAAAGGAACGUGAAUGAAGCGAAACAGCUUUAAGGAGCAUAGAGCCAAUCAAAAGCAUGAGCAGAGCAGGAGAUAAGCCAAAUUUGGGGUCUGUUCUCUUGCACUAGGAUCAACCAAGGAGCACUUACAUCGGUGGAAUUAUACUGGUGUAAAACAGGAGCAGCAGUUCAGCAGUAGGAGCAUAAUUCAGUGAUUCCUUUAGCAGUGAACUGUGGCUGCUAAUGCCAGCAUGGCUUGUGCCAUGCCAUGGGAAAUAGUUGCAGGUGUUUGUUGUUAGCAGAAUUACUAUGUUAUGCCAGUUCCCUAGCCCUUGUGUAACUGUUCUUAUCAGUGAUGUUGCACAAAACCUCAAAAAUAAGCAUUUAAACUUGAGAGUUUGAUGUCAUGCAGCACCUGGAAAAGGAAAUUAUGCUUGAGAAUUGUAUAUAUGGCUGUUUGUAUCCUAACACAUAGGGUGCAAGUCCUUAAUAGGUCUUGCAGUUCAGAUUCUCUGGGUGUAGGCACCAAAACCCUCCUGAAAUAAUGGCUAAACUCUCUCUAGAAUGGUGCAAGCACUUUACACAAAUCAUCUGAACCACAUUAUCCUUCUUUUGCAAAUGGGGAAACUGAGGGAUAAAGAGGCGUAAUUUCCCCAGAAUGACCCGGCAGGUCAGUACAGUUCGGAGUUCCUGUACAGUCCUCUCGUCAGUUUGCCAUACUGCCUCCUACAGGGAGGAGAAAUCAAACGGAGAAGUGCUUGAGGGUCACCACAAGUAAUGACUGGUUUCAUGACGGUAUCUUGGAAGAGUCUGAAAGUCUAAAGCCCUGAAAUCACAUUUCCAAGUUUGCCAGCAUGGUUAUCAAACACUUCUCCAGAAUCCCGCUGCUGUUAAGCUGCUUCUUUUGCUGAAGAUCAGCUAUUUUUCUGAAGACUUAGAAUCUUUUGACUGGUUUUCACGUCCUGUGACACUGCCAUCUUAACUCUGAUCAAGAACUAGAUGAAAUGGCCUUUGGCUCCUCAUUUGGCCAGACUGGUCACUGUUGAGUAGAACAAGGCCUUUUUUCUCCUGCACCCUAAACUAAAUCCCAACUUGUUUUCUCUGGCAAGAUCCAACAAAAUUAGGAGGAGUCAAGUCUUUCAGAUGGACUGUAGUUUAGUAUUCUCUAUCUCAAUGCUAAUCUGAUUUUUGUCCAUGGUUUUUCUAUGAAAGCUUAUCCUUUAGCUUUUCAGAAAAAUAUCUGAUUUACUUUUAUUUAACUAAAUCUACAUUGCUCAAACUCACAUUUUAAAAAGGUAUAUUAUAUGCACACGUGCACACACAUAUAUACACACACAGAUAUAUUUAAAAAGAAAAAACACACACAAAGAAGACAUUUAGGCAUUUUAACUGAGUAACAAAGAUCAUGGUUGUCCCUGAACUUAGUGCUUUUCUGAAUUAUACUGAGUGCUUUUGGCCAGAGUCUUAGCUUCAGUGCAUUUCUGCUGGUAAUUAGUUUUAGUAUUUUCUCAUUAUGAGACGAUGCAUCACUUUGUAAUGCAUUAGUGUCCAAUUUAGUGCAGUUUAGACAUGGAGUUACUUACAUGCAGUACAUUGGUUUGCCUGUUCAUCUUUCAUGACACUGACAUGUAGAUUUAAAUUAAAUAGCUUUUGGUUAUCUCAUCAAAUGCUGACUUCCUACUUCCUUACACUCCAAAGAGGAUUCCCCCCACUCCUUUGUUUUAAUGUCAUGUAUGUGCUUCUGUAUCACAAAUUAAAAUGGUUAAGCUAACUUAAUGCUUUGUACACAAAAAUAUUGUGCUAGUCUUAGCAUUAAUUAGCCUAUCUUUGUGAACAAAAUGUGUUGUACCAGUUUUUGUGUUUUUUUUUUUUUUUUUGUGGGGGGGGUGUUAUUUUUUGGUUUUGGGGUUUUUUUUUUUUUUUUUUUUUUUUGCUUCAGAGCUGGACUAUCAGUGACCGUACUUACUGGCAGCGUACUUCUGGUCAUUGUAACUAGUUGGGCUGAUCUUGACUUCUAGAUUCUGUAUGUGGGGAAUAGACAGUGAUGAAUGUAUUUCUAGCAGUUUCCCAUGAAUGAAUCUAAAAUUUGAGCUGUACUGGUUCUAAAAAUGAAAGUAAGUUAUUUAUUUUAAGAAAUGCAGUCCAGAUGGUGUUGCUUUUUACAGCAUAAUAAACGAGAAUCAAAGAA